GAUCGGUCGGGUUUAGUAAAGUUUACACCAAAAAGAAAAGAGAAAAGAAAACUACCGUACACGUUCAAUGUUAUUAAGAUCAAGGAUAGGAUCAUGUGAUUUUCUAGUCCACUCUCACUCAUCCCUCUCCCCAUCCCUAUCCCAGUUCUGGCCCGUCAUCCAAUUUUUAACAAAAUCUUCCCAUUUUAAGAUCGAGGAUGGAAGCUGCAGUAGUCCGUGGUCCACCAUUGAUAAACGUCGCCGCUGUCUGCGGUUCCCUUCGCAAAGGCUCUUACAACCGCGGCCUCCUUCGAGCUGCAAUGGAGAUAUCUAAGGAGUCAGUUAAGGGUUUGAACAUAGAGUAUGUGGACAUAUCGCCAUUGCCAUUUCUAAAUACGGACUUGGAGGUUGAUGGGACAUAUCCUUCAGAAGUUGAGGCUUUUAGGGAAAAGAUUCAACAAGCUGAUUGCUAUCUCUUUGCUUCUCCAGAGUAUAAUUACUCUGUUACUGGACCUCUGAAAAAUGCAGUUGACUGGGCAUCUAGACCUCCAAAUGUUUGGGCCGAUAAAGCAGCUGCAAUUGUUAGUGCUGGAGGAAGUUUUGGUGGGGGACGAUCGCAGUAUCAUCUCCGGCAGAGCGGAGUUUACCUUGACCUUCACUUCAUCAACAAACCUGAGUUUUUCCUUAAUGCAUUUGAAAAGCCUGCAAAGUUUGAUAGUGAAGGCAAUUUGCUUGAUGCUGCUGCUAAAGAGAGGUUAAAGGAGGUUCUUUUAUCCCUGCAAAGGUUUGCAUUACGACUUCGAGGAGAAUCUGAAUGAUAUGUGAGGCUCAUAUUGUUUGCUUUGAUCAUCCCUGUAAUACCUGUCCAAUCGUAUCUUGGGUGCUAAACCUUAUGCAAUUCAGUGGAUGCUUUCUUGUGCCUUGGAACUGUUUAUGACUUUGAUGUGUAGACGUCUCAACCAAAAAUUGAUCCUUCGAAGAGCAUAUUGAUGUCCUGUUCUGAAAGUCUUGUCAGACUAAUAAUGGAAAUGAAUGCUUUAGUACAUGAUUAGGCAUAUUAUGAUGAACGACUGUCUGUACUCAAACUGCUUUCCCUUAAUUUGAUGGUUCUUUCACUAUUUUUGUAAAGUACCCAAGGAAAUGCUUUUGAAGUUCAGAAGAAUCGGACAAGUGGGAAAAGUACAUUGCAGCAAUAGCCGGAUCAGCAUCCUUUACAUGGUAGUUGGUAGUACCAUUCUUGUGUGGAUUUUUUGUUAAAGAAGUUUGGAAGUAAAGUUCCAAAUGAUUCUUAGACCUUUGUUUUGCCCAGGACAAUUGUAUUGCAGUUUGCAUGCAAAGUUUUCUUAUCUUCAUUUCUCUUGCAUCCAUUACUCUCAGAGCUGUGCUCAGUUGAUUGUGAUACCUGAUUUUGGCUUCUGGCUU